AUAUCUGCUCGAUUUCAUAGUUUCAGACAAGAUGUAAACAGCCGCAUACAGCAAGACAUCGCUUUCACCGUUGAAGAGCAUGUGCAGCAUUUACUCGCUCUCUCCUCUAUAUUGUUAUUGAAGCCAGCGCGCACCCACAAAGAUUUGCACAAGCACAUUGAUCUCAGCACAUGUGACGCACUUUGCCAGCAUAUCAUUCAAAGUCAUAAAAUGACUAAUCAGUCGUUUCCAUCUGAAAUAAAACUACAACUCGAAAAAAUCAUGAUACAAUUAGAUGACGGUGACCGAGGUGAAGCAUGCACCCGCCUAGCAGCAUCACGGCAAAUUUCAGCCCUAUUACAAGACGAUGAUGUCCUUAAUCCUGUCAACAGAAUUUUGCUGUCCGUCCAAAACAUGGUGGAGAGGCUGCCACGCAGAAUCACUGAAGACGGGCCCAAAGAAACGGAACUUAUUACCCAAUAUUUGGAAGCGAUUCUCAGUUCUCUUUUUGAAGACUUAGAUAACAAUAUAGAAUUUCGAUGGACUUCUGUCAGUGAUGACGAAAAACAAGCCAAUGUACGACCUGACGCAUCAAUUAAUAGAAUUUAUGGAGCAACGUUGGGUGACCGACUUGGUUGCGGAGAAGUGAAAGCGCAGUACCUGGCCCUCAAUCACCGGCUAGUUGGUAUCGAUCUGAUGCGUGUUGCAACUUUGGCCAAAGAUACUUCUGAUAAACACAAGUUGAAAUCUACUCUUGCUUUCCUUGUAGUUGGUAAAACUAUAGUUGCGUUCUAUAGAUCUAUAACAUUCUUAUUCUGUAUUACCACAUAG